CUUCAAUUCCAUGUAGUACAAAGUGGAGCACUGGUUCUCCCACGACAGUCCAUGCACUGACAGCUAAACAAACCCUACCUCUCUCCCUGUGAAGUUGGACAUUUUCAGAAGAAGAAGAUGAUGAGGAAAUCAGGUAGCACCAUUAUCAAGCAUUUCAAAUCAUCAUCGUUCGGUCGCGCCUCUUGGACUCCAAAAUCUCCACUUCCACUUACUGCUUCAUUUCCUCAAAUUUUCCGAAUCCCGGCAGCCGGAGAUUUCAGUAACUUCUGCUCUCGCCGUUUUGAAUCCGUCAAUGCGGAAAAGAUGCCGGAUUCGGAUACGACUGAUCGCAAUCACAAUCAGGUAGCUUACUGCUUUAGUGUUCCCGAAGGAAAGGUCAAGUUCACUCCUGAAAUGAGGUUCAUAUCCGAGACUGCUGAGGAGCGGGAAUGCUGUUAUCGCGUCCUUGACGACAAUGGGAGCCAAAUUUUGUCCAGCAACUAUGUAGAGGUCAAUAAGGAAGUUGCUGUGAAAAUGUAUACCAACAUGGUUACUCUUCAGACCAUGGACACCAUUUUCUAUGAAGCACAAAGGCAAGGAAGGAUUUCGUUCUAUUUGACCACAGUUGGUGAAGAGGCCACCAAUAUUGCAUCUGCGGCAGCACUCACCAUUGACGACAUUGUCUUUCCUCAGUACAGGGAGGCAGGAGUGCUAUUGUGGCGCGGUUUCACUCUACAAGAAUUUGCAAACCAGUGUUUCAGUAACAAAGCUGAUUAUGGGAAAGGCAGGCAGAUGCCGAUCCAUUAUGGAUCUAACAAGCUCAAUUAUGUAACUAUAGCAUCAACCGUGGCCACACAACUUCCACAGGCUGUUGGUGCUGCAUAUUCUUUAAAGAUGGACAGGAAAGAUGCAUGUGUGGUCGCGUAUGUUGGUGAUGGUGGCACAAGCGAGGGUGAUUUCCAUGCUGCUUUGAAUUUUGCGGCUGUUAAGGAGGCUCCGGUUAUAUUCUUUUGUCGGAACAAUGGAUGGGCUAUCAGUACACCUACAUCAGACCAGUUUCGGAGUGAUGGCGUUGUCGUCAAAGGCCGGGCUUAUGGAAUUCGAAGCAUCCGAGUAGAUGGUAAUGAUGCACUUGCUGUGUACGGUGCAGUUCAUGCUGCCCGUGACAUGGCAAUCAGAGAACAGAGACCAAUCUUAAUUGAGGCAUUAACAUAUCGAGUAGGACACCAUUCCACUUCAGAUGAUUCGACGAAGUAUCGUCCAGUCGAAGAGAUUGAAUGGUGGAAAAUGGAACGAGACCCUGUAUCUCGAUUUAGAAAGUGGAUGGAAAACAAUAGUUGGUGGAGUGAUAAGCAAGAGUUAGAGGCCAGAAACAGUGCGAGAAAGCAGAUAUUACAUGCAAUCCAAGAAGCAGAAAAAGUUGACAAACCUCCAAUUGCUGACAUUUUCACAGAUGUAUAUGACUCUCCCUCUUCCGAUCUCCGCGAGCAGGAGAAACUGCUCAGAGACACAAUUCAAAGACACCCCCGCGAUUACCCGUCCAACUUUCCUCUCUAACUUCUGAUUAGAUUCAAGGCACGGUGAAGAAAUAUGGGAAGAAAUUUCGUUAAGUUGAAGGUAGAAGAUAGAUUAGUGAUGAAGAAAACUUAUGCAUCUGCACAAAACAGUAGAAUUAAAAUAAGUAAGUCCUUCAUCACUUGUUCAUUACCGUAUGUUUGGAUAAGUAACUUUCAAAAUACAAACUGUAGACUAAAUUGUUAAAAAUGCAAACUGUAAAACUAAGAUAUAGUUACCGAUA